UUUGCGAACAGCAACUAAACGUUCUUUUCUCUUGCGGUUUCUCGAUUAAAUCUUUUUAAAAAAAUUUACAUCGACAAUGAGUAGUGAAAGUGUUUCGGGUCCUCCAUCAACUAAAACAUCUGAUGAAGCCAUGCCUGGUCCUUCCGGAAUUAAAAGGAGGAAAGUUGAAGUGAAAAAUCCACAAGCGUUAACGGAUGAAGAACUUGCUCGCUUUUUUGAGCUUUCUGACACUAGCGAAGAUGAUGGCUCCUCAGAAGAAGAACAUGAUUGGUACAACAUAAGUAGCGAUGAAGGAGAUUUACAAAGUAAUGUGCAAGAUCCAUUUGCAGAGCUUGCAGACCCGACAAAGCCUGCAGAUCCUGAUGAUUCUGCACAAGUGCUCGAUGUUACAUGGAGUGAUGCGCCUCUAAAACAUCGAAAAAAUUUAUUUUUCACAGGACACACGGCGCUGAAAAUACAGCCAAAUGGAAAUACUCCUGCUGAUUUUUUUAAUCUGCUAGUGACGGAUGAACUUUAUAAUGACAUCUUGCAGCAAACUAACGCGUACGCCGAAGAGGUGUUUUUGUCUUCAUCUGGAUAUGAGAAAGCCCGAAUUACCCAAUGGAAACCUCUGACAAAAGAAGAAUUUCGUGUGUUUUUGGGUUUAUUCUUCCAUAUGGGAACUAUUCACAUAAACAGGUUACAGGACUACUGGCGCACCCACCAUUUGUUCAAUUUAGUUUGCUUCUCGCAGCGUAUGUCUAGAAAUCGAUUUUUAUUGAUUUUACGAUGCCUACAUUUGGCGAAAAAUCCCUUACCUGAUAAAACCGCUCCCCUGGAUAAACUACACAAGAUUCGACCAAUUGUCGAUUAUUUUAAUAAGAGAAUGUUUGAGGUUUAUUCACCGAGCCGGGAACUCAGUAUAGACGAAUCUCUUCUCGCGUGGAGAGGCCGUCUUGGUUUUCGUCAAUAUUUACCAGGCAAGGCCCAUAAAUAUGGAAUAAAAACAUAUGUAUUGGCUGAACCAAACGGGCUUACUCUAAAACUGUUGGUCUACAGUGGAGCCAAAGACAUUACAGGUGGAGUUGGGCAUGCAUCGAAAGUAGUGCUGCAACUUAUGAGGGAACAUUUCGAUAAGGGGCACAGUCUUUUUAUGGAUAAUUUUUAUAACAGUCAUUCUUUGGUACAAAAAUUGUUGGAAAGAGCAACAUACUGUACAGGUACGCUACGAGCAAAUAGGAAAAACAAUUGUCGCGACGUAGUAAACACAAAAUUGAAACCAGGAGACGUAAUAGCAAAAUGCGAUGAAUUGAAUGGUAUUAUAAUGGGCAAGUGGCGCGACAAAAGGGAAGUGACAUUCAUUAGCACCGAGUAUAGUGCUACUCUACAGGAAACACAAAACCGAAGAGGUCAGAAGAAAAUGAAGCCAGAGGCCAUAAUUUACUAUAAUAAAUUCAUGUCGGGAGUCGAACAUAAGGACCAAAUGUUGGCGUACAAUGCUUGUGACAGAAAGACCAUAAGGUGGUAUAAGAAACUUGGUCUCCACACCUUACAAAUAUUACUUCUGAAUGCUUGGUAUUUAUACAAUAAAUACUCGGGACUGAGGGCCAACUUUUACGACUUCCGGCUUAAUAUUAUAGAAAAUCUUGUGGGCGGAACAAAACAAGAAAAACCAAAGAAGGCGGUACCUGAAGGGGUGCAUUUACCUGCUUCGCUACCUAAAGCGGAGGCAACAAAGGGAAGAGUGCAGCGAAAAGAUUGCAAAGUUUGUUACCAGAAUAAAAUUAGAAAACAGACAAAUUUCUAUUGCCCGAAAUGCAAAGAUAAACCAGGCCUGUGUUUAGAACCCUGUUUUCGUAUAUUUCAUGGAUACGAUAAAUAGAUUUUAAUACUUGUUUUUUUGUUAGUAGUUUUUUAUUGUAUGGAUUAGAUAUUAAGUUAAUGGUUAGGAAUUUGAA